AGUCCUAUUUAGGGAAUUUAAAAAAUGUAGUCCUAUUUGUGCAAUUUUGCCACUUUUUAGUCCUAUUUAGGGAAUUCACUCUUUUUUUAAAUCAACCAUUCAAGUAUUCAACACCUAAAAGUGGGCGUUGAGCCAUUGGCAAAAACCCCCUCUCGCUCUUGCAUCUCUUCUAAGAAGGUCUCACUCAUUCUGUAAUCUGUACACCGAUCAUUAUUAAUUCGACGAUGCUUUCUCUAUCUAGAAACACUCUGAUCAUCCUUAUUCAAGCUGAUGUCGGAGACGCGGUGAUUUGAGCGAAUUUUUCAGUUCGAUUUUUGGCUCCCGGUGGUCUGAGGCCUUUAGGUUGGUCGAGGAAAUGUAUAAGAACCAGCUGCAAGAGCUGGCGCAGAGGAGCUGCUUCAACUUGCCGUCGUAUUCCUGUAUCAGAGAAGGCCCUGACCACGCGCCGCGGUUCAAGGCCACCGUCAACUUCAAUGGCGACACUUUCGAGAGCCCUAACUACUGCUCCACGCUUCGCCAGGCGGAGCACUCCGCUGCCGAGGUUGCGCUCCAUGCUCUAGCCAACGGUGGUCCUUCGCAAUCGCUUGCUGCGAAGAUCCUGGAUGAAACAGGUGUAUACAAAAAUCUCUUGCAAGAAGUUUCUCAAAGGGUGGGAGCGCCAUUGCCUGCAUACACAACACACAGAUCAGGUCUAAAAGGACAUCUACCUCUCUUCACAUGUACAGUGGUGUUGGCAGGGGUUACCUUUACAGGUGAACCAGCCAAAAAUAAGAAACAGGCUGAAAAGAAUGCAGCCAUGUCAGCUUGGUCAUCCCUAAAAUUAUUGGAACAGCAGCAGUCAGAGAACUCAAAUUUGAAUUCACCUGAUAAGGGGGGAAUAAGGAUAGAAGAACAAGAACAUGUUACUGUAGCACGGGCUUUCCAAAUAUAUCUGAUUAGAGCUAGAGUAGCUGGAUUGCCAUUCCCAAUCAGUUACCAGAGCACCUCAAAUACCUCAAGGCCAUCAACAAGUACACAACAACCUCUGCCUGCUACAUCAUCAAAGAUACUACCCCUAAUCCACCCAAGAACACAUCUCGGUAUAAAACCCCUGGUCCAAAGUAGACCACAUUUGAAUCCACCAUCACCAAUUAUUAUCCAACCAGUACAAUCUUUUGCUGUGGGUGCCCCACCAUACAUCCCUGUCCGGCAUUUGACACCACUGCAUCAUAGAAUUGCGCCUCCUGUGACUGUACGGAGUGCGAUCCCAGUUUUUUCUGCACCGCCACGCCGACCACCUUCUCAGCCACCAUAUAUGUAUGUUAGACAAGGUGUUGUGCCAGUGUACCCUUCUCUCCCAGAACUACAGCCCUUUGUAAAGGAGCCACAUCCAUCUAAAGCACCACUGGUUGGGGUUGAGGAAAAACCAGACACUAAGUUAAAUCCCGAACCCCCAAAAAAAUCUGCUCCGAGGAUAUCAACUGGAAAAAUCUGCUCCGAGGAUAUCAACUGACUCUCAGCAACGAUAGUCUUUGGAAAUGAAGAAUAUGAAGAAACUUAGUACAUAUGAUGCUUCAUAACAGUCAGCCAGGGCCCAGGGGUUAUCACAUUCUCUAGCCUUUUGUAAUGCAUCCCCACAUGCUCUACAGAUAAAUGAUUUAUUUAGGUGGUAAUGUUUUAUUGCUAUCCAUGUGUUCUUUUAUACUCCAGCUGUUCCAAAAGGUUCUUUCCAUUUUCUUUUUUGCUCAUAAUUUUUGUGUGUUCUCC